GGCCGGGCUUGGAGGCCCAGCAGGCGCGUGGCCGCAGCCGGGAAGCCUGCAGCCGGAGUGUCGCGCUCAGGCGCUACCCUGCCGGGCCAUGAGCUGACUGCGGCCUCGGCAGCGAGGCCUCCCCGAUGCCGGUUGGGGGCUCUGCUCCGCAGAGCAGAGGCUGCGCCAGGGCCGCGGGCCGGGUAGAAGGCCGGCGGGCCCGCUCCCCGCCGCGCGGUGGAUGCAGCGGCGGCGGCGGCGGCGAUGGAUGCCCUAGAGGAAGAGAGCUUCACGCUGUCCAACUCUUCCACCUCUGAUGCAGAAUUUGAUGCUGUGGUUGGAUAUUUAGAGGACAUUAUCAUGGAUGAUGAGUUCCAGCUAUUACAGAGGAAUUUCAUGGACAAGUACUACCAGGAGUUUGAAGAUACAGAAGAGAAUAAGCUCACCUACACACCUAUUUUUAACAAAUAUAUUUCUCUGGUAGAAAAGUGUAUAGAAGAACAGCUGUUGGAGCGGAUUCCUGGAUUUAACAUGGCGGCUUUCACUACAACUUUACAGCACCAUAAAGAUGAAGUGGCUGGGGACAUUUUCGACAUGCUGCUCACCUUUACGGAUUUUCUGGCUUUUAAAGAAAUGUUUCUGGACUAUCGAGCAGAAAAAGAAGGCCGGGGACUGGACUUAAGCAGCGGUUUAGUGGUGACUUCAUUGUGCAAAUCAUCUUCUAUGCCAGCUUCCCAGAACAAUCUGUGGCCCUAGGUCCCACCUCCAGGUAAUGGGAUCUUCCUAGACAUCACCAGCCCAAUAGACUGGGAGAGGCUUUGGCUAAUGAUGUCAGAGGAAUACAUCUUGGAAAGACUGACUUGAUUCUGCAACUCUUCAUUAAUGUUAAGUAUUGAUGGGUCAGAAGAAAAUCACCUGACCUUCCUGGGACACAUUCUUGUCUUCAGUAACCUUAGUACUCCUCCCCAAUUAGACACCUCUCAGGAGCUUCUGAGUCUGGCUCCUGCAGCAAGCCCAAGUCCAGCAUUCCACCUGGGGGCACUUCCCCAGCAUACGUGUUGGUGUGCCCUUGUUGGAAGAACACACCAUUGCCAACUCUCCUGGCCCAGCAGGCCUUGCAUGUCCCACCAGGCUUUUUAUGCACUCACAGCUUUUUAUAUGGCUCAGUUUUAGUCCUGCAGCCUCAGUGGGGUUUUUGACUGGGAGUAUUUAUCUAGGGUUUAACUCAUGCUAGCUGCCCAUCUCAAGAUUUCUGAAAAUCCUCUAAUCACAGCUAGUCUUGGCUAUAGGAAUCAACUUAGAUUUCCUUUACCUAAAACGUACUUGUGAAAAUCAGUUCCUAGUCUUAUAUGUGCAGUCCUUGUUAGCACUGUCUUCUGAUGUAGUCCCAUUGUUUCUAUAACUCUCAUUUACAUGUUUUUGAAAAAAUAUUUUUAUAGACAAACACUCAGGCUAACUUAGUGGAUAUAAUCUUGAAACUUCCAUGAUUACCCACUUCAAGAUCAAAGUAUUAUACACUCUGUGCUUUUUAGCUGUUAGUGCUAAGAAAGCAAAAAUGCUUUCUAUGCUGGUGUUCCUAUUUUACUGGGCACCAAUGAAUGUAUGCUGGAAGUAGUCUAAAAGGUUUCCUUUUCUUAGAGCA